CUCAUCAUAAGAGAAGCAUAACACAAGUUUAAGGUGGUCACUCUCUCUUAAACCACAACACAUGGCAUGAUAUGCUCAAAGUCUUCCAAAUCCUUGUCCUAAUGACAUCAACUAAAGCAAAUCAAUCACACCCACUUUACUUACGUGUAUCAUCAUUAAGGGUCAAUCAAUUCAAUCUUUUUUUAACGAUUUAUUAUUACUUGAUCCAAAUUUUUUUUUAAAAAUCCAAAUAUUUAAAAAACCACCGACCAUAUCCCAAUACUAAAGAAGAAAUAAAUAAAUAAAUAAUAAUGGUCCAUUGAAUGUCAGUUUUUCCCCUGAACAGUCAAGUUUCUCGUUGUUAUAGUUUAAACAUGUAACUGACGUCAAUCAAUCAAUAAUUUCUCUCUCUAAAACAAUUGUUUCUCUCUCUAAAAUAACAUUUUUCUUCUUCUCUAAUUUCCUGGUUUUUUUUUGGAGUUGAAUUAAUUCUCAAAAUGUUUGUUAAAAAGCUUGUGGAAAAGGCAACCAAGAAGCCUGGGGAGUACUCAGAUGGUCUGAAACCGGAAGAUGUUGAUCCUCGUCUAGCUUUCCAUUAUGGAUUACCACCUUCAGCUGCUAUGUUUGCAUAUGAUCCAAUACAAAAGAUACUUGCAGUAGCAACAAUGAAUGGGCAGAUUAAAUUGUUGGGAAAAGAUAACACUCAAGCCCUGUUGGAGUCCAAUGAUGUUCAGCCCAGCAAAUUUUUGCAGUUCAUUCACAACCAAGGUAUUCUGUUGAAUGUAACAUCUAAUGACCAAAUUGAGGUUUGGGACAUAGAUAAGAAGAUUUUGUCUCAUGUACAUAAUUUCGAUGAAGAGAUCACAUCUAUGUCAGUAAUGCAGCUGAGUUCCUUCAUAUUUAUAGGAGAUCGUGCUGGUAAUGUCACGGUGUGGAAGCUUGAUAAUGAAUUGGGCCAGAUAGAAAAAAUGAAGUAUUGGAUCCCCUUUUCAGCUUCACAUGCAUAUCCCGAUAAGAAUUCAGCUGAUUAUGCUGUAAAGUAUAUAUUGCCUCAACCAACAGCAGAAAGCAGGAGGAUUCUGAUUAUAUUUGCUGAUGGAUUGAUCACGCUGUGGGCAAUCCAAGAAAGCAAAGCUGUUUCCACAAUGGGUGGUAGUGGAGCGAUGACUCUAAUGUCCUCUCAGGAAACUAAGAGAGUAACUUCUGCAUGCUGGGUAUGCCCCUUCGGCAGUAAAGUUUCUGUUGGGUACGACACUGGGGAUAUAUUAAUUCAUAGCAUCCCUUCAAAUUCUGACAUAAGCAAUGGGUCUUUGGUGAGUAGAGACACCAGCAAUACCCAAAUUGUUCAAACUUCUAAGAUCAAUCUAGUAUACAGAUUGGAAAAAAUUCCUAUUGCAUCAUUAAAGUGGGUUUAUUCAGAUGGGAAACCUAAUCGAUUAUAUGUUACUGGCGCCUCUGAUGCUGCAUCCCCAAACUUGGUUCAGGUGGUCUUGUUGAAUGAAGACACCGAAUCUCGGACAAUUAAAGUGGGGCUUCAGCUGCCUGAAUCAUGUCUUGAUAUAGAAAUUAUCUCUCGCUCAAAUGAACAAAGCAAACAUAAGCAGAAGUUUCUUAUUUUGCUUGGAAAAUCUGGUCUUAUGUAUGCCUAUGACGAUCAUUCUAUUGAGAAGUGUUUGUUGCAAUCUCAAUCAAAACCAUCAGCAUCACUGCCAAACGAACUGAUGAUAAAGCUUCCAAUAUCAGCUUCAACCACUACUGCUGCUCAAUUUAUCACAAAUCAAUCCAACAAUAUAGAUUAUGAAGAGGACUACAUGUCAGUUGUGAAAAAUUUUCCAUCAGUUCUUCCUUCUGAAGCAAAGAACACCAGUUCACCUCACUUUACUGGUUUUGCAAAGAUUAAAAACUUGUAUAUCACAGGGCAUAGUGAUGGAACCAUCAAUUUUUGGGAUGUUACAUGUCCUCUCUUAAUCCCACUUCUAUCGUUAACACAACAGAAUGAGGAUGAUUCGUCUCAAAGUGGCGUAGCAGUAACAGCAAUUCAUUACUGUUCUGCAUCACGGCUUCUCAUUUCUGGAGACAAAAGUGGAAUGGUCCGUAUCUAUCAAAUGAAGUCUGAACCAUUUUCCACUGAGACUGGGUUUUUCUCUUUAUCAGGAAGUUCAAAGAAAGGAAACAGUCAUGUCAUUCAUAGUGUGAAGUUUAUAAAAGUCAAUGGAUCUGUACUCUCUUUCCACUUAUAUAACAGCUCGAGAUAUCUGGCAGUGGGAUCUGAACAAGGACAUGUUUCAGUCAUUAAUGUAGAGGGUUCCUCCAUGUUGCAUCAGAAAAAAAUUGGAACUGAACUGUCUUCUGAUGUUAUAUCUGUGAAGUUUGAAUCAUCUGCUCUUCAUGGUUUUGAAAAGAAUGUAUUGGUCAUCGCAACGAAGGACUCAUCUUUAUUGGCAAUUGAUGCUGAUACUGGAAAUACACUGAGCAGUAGUGUAGUGCACCCUAAGAAACCAUCCAAAGCUCUGUUUAUGCAGACUUUAGCAGAAGCAAGCAGAGGAUCUUCUACAGAGGAAACUGCACAAAAGCAUCAGCUGUUGCUUUGUUCCGAGAAGGCCGUAUAUAUUUAUUCCUUACCACACAUAGUUCAGGGGGUUAAGAAGGUUUUGUACAAAAAGAAGUUUAAUUCAUCGUCCUGCUACUGGGCAUCUACAAUAUGCAGUACCUCUAGCACAGGACUUGUACUAUUCUUUUCAUGCGGAAAAAUUGAAAUACGGUCGCUUCCAGAUUUAUCUCUUGUGAAAGAAACUACACUAAGAAGUUUCAUAUGCUCGCCCUUGAAGCCAAACACACUGCCUGACUACUCCAUAUGCUCUUCUGCAGAUGGAGAAGUUAUAAUGAUGAGGAGUGAUCAAGAAGUUGCUUUGGCUUCAAUGUUUCUUCAAAAUGGAAAGUAUAGACACUUGGACUCUCUUUCUCGAGUAUAUGAUAAAAACCUUUCAAUAAUGGAAGAUGGAGCAACUUCACCUUCAGUCCAAAAGAAAAAGGGGAUGUUUGGCACUAUAUUCAAAGAUGUAGCCGGAAGUAAAACAAACCAUGGAGCUGAUACUGAAGUUACAGAUGGGAAAGCAAUUUCUGAAGACCUCUCAAAGAACUUUGCAGUUUCCAAUUUCCCUACUCAAGAGGAAACUUCUGCUAAUGUCACAGUUGAAAAAGACAAUGAUGACUUGGACAUUGACGACAUUGAUAUUGAUGAUCAGGAUGACAAGCCAAAAGGGAACAAUGUGAUGGGAUUGCUUAAUAAGCAGAAAUUUGCAAGCAAGUUCAAUACAUUUAAAGGGAAACUGAAGCAAAUGACAAAUAAGAAUGAAAAACCUUCAGCGCAUGAAGAGCCACAAUCUGAGAAGGUCGAGACAGUUGAUCAAAUUAAGAAGAGAUAUGGAUUUUCAUCAGCUAAUACCAGUAAUGAACCAGUUGGUGUUGCCAAAAUGAUUGAAAACAAGCUUACUGAGAAUGUUAAGAAACUACAGGGUAUCAACUUGAGAACCACAGAGAUGCAGGAUAACGCUCAAACAUUUUCAUCCAUGGCUAGAGAAACGCUACGUAUAGCUGAACAGAAAAACAGUCCUAGUAAAACAUAACACAGUCCUAGUAAAACAUAACAUUCCCUGGAAUUCUUUGAUAUGUCAUAUACUUUGUACAUACUAUUUUAUUCAAAUAUUUUCUUACA